CAGGCGGUCGCGGGGGCAACGUGUAUCGCCACCGCCUCCUCGGCCGAACCGGUUCACUUUUCCGCCCGGCGCGCGCGUGAUUCACCCGGCCCGACAGCUCACCAUUGCCCAUAGUGUUUUUAUUUUAUUAUUAUAUUAUAUUAUUGUUAACGAACAGAAAAACGACCUAUAUCGUUUUACUACCGUUUCGUAUCUAUCAAAUAUAGUCCGUCUGCGUGUAACGUUAUACGUCCGUUGUCGUCAUAAAAUAGAAUAUAUUUAUUAUCGUUACUGUUUCGACACGAUAUCACGUCCAAACUAAUCGUUUAAGAUCACUGUCGUACGAUGACCGAUUAACUUUUCUUGACGACCACAUCACUGCAACACACGACCGAGGAGACGACCACGACGGUUCGUCGUUUACUGGUUGCCGUCGAUUCGCAGGUACCGCGUGACGCGUUUUUAUCGAAAGUUUUUACCCAUUAGACUCGGCCGUAGUUGAUAAUAAGUGUUACGAUAAAAAUAUUACGAUAACUCCAAUAUUAUUAUUAUUAUUAUUAAUAGUUACAAUUUUUUUUUAAUACGCGCUUUUCCGCCUUAUCUCCGCCGACCGGACGCGUUAUCUGCAACACCAGCGGAGAUACAACAUGCCGGGCAACGACAUCGACGCCACUUACUUGAGAACUUUUGGUUUAUCGGAGUCGUCUGAACAACUGCAUCAUGUGGUGGUCAGCACCGAUAUUUGUAAUGUUAGUGGAGGAGGAGGAGGAAACAGCGAAACUGCUGGUACGGGUGGCGAAUAUGACACUUCUGCUGAGGAAGACAGGGCGGCGGCGGACACUAUCGACGAGCUCAACAACCGACGUGACGUCAUUGAAUCGUCAGAACAAUCUGAACCGUCACCCGCUAUAGUUAUACCGCUUCAUCAUAAUGUUACUUUGGAUGGCGGUGGCGGUGGUGGUGUCGUUGUCGUCGAUGAUGUGGUUACGGUGGCGGUAGAUGAAGAAAAUGGCGGCGGCAGCGGCAGCACGGGAACGCCCAGCAUCGGCUAUGGGUCGCCGGCGGUAGAUGGUGCGCCGGUCGGUAGGACGUCUUUCGAUGCGGAGGAGGAGCCGGCCGUCGCUGUCGUCGAUCGGUUACAGCAACAACCGGUUCACGGCACGACAGACGAACGGCCGACCGACAACGUGUAUGUACGUCGCGAUGAUAUGAACUAUCAGCAUCAGCAAACUAGUCUACCGCAGCAGCAACAACAUCAAGUGGUCGUGGUUAAUCAGCAGCAGCAGAACAACAACAACAAUAAUAAUAAUAACAACCACCGAUACGAUAUGUUGGUGGCACAGAAUUAUCAACAGUCCAAGUACGUCGGCGGUCGUGAUUUAAUGACCAUGUUCCCUCAAGUAGUGGCCACCAUUGAUGGGCAACAACAAGACGACGAUGACGAGUUUUACGAUCAAUAUCAACAGCAGCAAGUCUUUCAUCAACAGCAACCCAAAUUCGAGCAUAUUGUAUUGAAACAAGAAGUGCACGAUCGGAUCUCUCACAGUAUGUACGCGACCGCUAUUGAUUACUUUCAAGAUCAACAAUUAUCAGUUCAGCUACAACAAGAACAGCAAAACUGCUCGAGCCCAGGAAGUUCGGCCGAGGGUUACGACGAAGAGGUAGUAGCCGCAGCGACCAAAGGUGAGCUAUUAGACUUGCACUUGCCACCCUCCGGUAGAGACGAUGUAGCCGUCGGCCAGUCUAGUGCGUUUGCACACCUCGUCGCUGUUCUACACAGUGAUUCGGACAGUGCGUCGCCUCUCCAAACUCACUACCAAGACGACCAACAGCAACAAGGGUCACCCACGGUUGUAUGUCAACCGCACGUUGCUGACCACUCGUACACACCAUCGUCAUCAACCGAACAACAGCAACAGCAAUUGCAACAACAUAUUUCGCAAAAUCACUCGACCGGCAGCGGUUAUCAUCACGUAUCGUCUGGAAAUGUAAUUCAUCAAAACAAUGUUUCUAACAUUACAAGUACUUCCAUGUACCAGCGGAGUAACAGUACCGGAGGAGGUGGAGGCAACUUGUACCCGGCGUCCGUACAACAAUACUUCACGCCAUCGCCCGACUUGGUCAGUCAACACGCCAACAAUAUCAUCACGUCCGUGGCUGGAAAUCACAUGUGGUCGACAGUUGUCCCUGAAGAUGGAAAUUACUCCCCGUCAUCUAAACAGCAAAGCAACCAGAACGGCGGUCUUCCAGCUUUUGGUCAGCGCUUUGCCACCCACACGUCUUCCUCUUACACGGGUGUCGGCGUAUCAUCCAGACCGUCGUCGACGUCGUACCAUCCUAUUGUAGCCGCUGGGGGUUACCAUUUGACCAACAACGCUGGAUCGGACGCGGCAGCCACUUUGCAGUGGGCCCAUGGUUAUCCUAAUACCGACGGCUCGAUAAACUACGUCACUAUGUCAACCAACACCAAUCCAACCGCUGGAGUGAGGAAUAGAUCUACAGCUACGUUUUCUGCAGCCGCUUCUCUUUCAGCCAUGGCUUCCGCCCCGAGCUCGUCCGGCACUGGGGAUUUUUAUAAGGGCACUCUGUAUCACCAUGUGCCCACGAAUUACGGAAGAUCACCUUCCGGAGCCAGUGCACUGGAAGAAAAAACAACCAGGAGAAUGCAAAAUGCAUCGAGGCGCCAAGGAUUGCUAUGUACUAAUUGCCAGACAGGUACCACGUCGUUGUGGCGGCGAAAUCAAUUGGGCGAGCCCGUUUGCAACGCUUGCGGUUUAUACUACAAACUACAUGGUGUAAAAAGGCCAUUGACCAUGAAGAAGGACUCUAUUCAGACGAGAAAACGCAAACCGAAAGAUGGAUCUAAAGUUGAAUCCGAAACUAAGAGGAUCAAAGUGGAAAUACCAUCUGAACAUAACUACAGUGAUUGUCAUAGAACGUCUGGUAGUGUUUUAAACCAUGGAAGUGUAAGCAAUGCUCUAACUUAUACCAGCAUGUACCAGACAGCAAAUAUCACUCCAUACUACGAUGUCAUUAAAUCUGAAUCUCAAGAUCCCAUCAACAGCCCUCAUAUAGUUAGCCUUGCUUCUGCUAACAAUAAUAAUAACAACAACAACAACAAUAAUAACAAUAACACCAGCAACAAAGAUAGACCCAGUGUGUUGUCUAUGUCUGUAAUAUCCUAAAAGAUAUUUGUUAACUUGUUUUUCCCUUGACUAUUCUAUAAAAUGUUAUCAACUUGUUGGUUUUUUAUUUUAUUACUAUUUUUACUUUUAUUGCAUCUCUUUAUCUUUUACGAACAAACAAUUUAAUUAUUAUGUUAUUUUAUUUAAUUAUUAUUAUUAUUAUUAUUUUUAUUAUAAUUUACCUUUAGAUUUACAUUACUGAUGGAAAUGUAGGCAAUUUUUUUUAGAAACAUGAUAUUAUUUAGUCUUUUGAAAAAAAACCUCUAAGCAAAGACUGUGUUGUAUAUUUUUAAUAAUUUAAUUUCAGGAA